AUUUUGCCUUUUGAUAAAUCAACCCCAAUAAAAGUGCCGAUAACUCAUUUGUCAAGCUAACCCCAGAAACAAAGAAUUCUUCUUCAAACUCCCCACCUUCCCCCCCAACCCAUUCUCGGCGUCUUUCUUCCACGCGCCACCCUUAUUUUCUCUCUUCUCCUCUUCCAAAACCCCUGUUUAACCUUUUUCCGCCAUUAAAUUCCACCUUAAAGGAGCUCACAAACAGGGGGAAAAAACAAAAUUUCCAAAAAAACGCCGACCCCAUCUCCCCAAAAAACAAAAAAAGAUUUUGAUUGUUAAAUAAUCAAAAUUCACUGAUAUUUUCCCAUCGAUUUUCUCUCUCCUAUCUUCUCGUGUGAGUGAUGUACAGAUCUGGAACAGUAAUGGCGUGGAAUGUAUUCAGAUUUUGUACUGCUUUGAGGGGUUUAGGCUCGAUCAUGAUCUUGCUUGUUUUAGGGGUUGUGGGUGUCACCUAUUACGCUGUCGUUUUGACCACUUAUGGCCCCACUUUGUUCGAUGGUGGCCUUGACACUCUUACUUCCCUCGCCGUAUUGUUACCGUUUCAUGGAUUGUUAGCCAUGUUAUUGUGGAGUUAUUUUUCGGUUGUUUUCACUGAUCCGGGUUGUGUGCCCCCGAAUUGGAGGCCUGAUGUAGAUGAGGAGAGAGGUGAGAAUGAUCCACUAACUGCGUCCGACUUCAGUGGUGUGCAAACUGACCAAUCAAAUACGAAAGUUCGAGUUUGUAGAAAGUGCAACCAGCUGAAACCUCCCCGCUGCCAUCAUUGCUCUGUUUGUGGGAGGUGUGUACUGAAAAUGGAUCACCAUUGUGUAUGGGUUGUCAACUGUGUUGGGGCAUUAAACUAUAAACAUUUCCUUCUAUUCCUGUUCUACACAUUUUUAGAGACCACUCUAGUAACUAUUUCGCUGCUGCCACAAUUUAUCGCAUUCUUCAGUGAUGGAGAGAUACCUGGAACACCAAGCAGUCUUGCAACGACAUUCCUUGCAUUUGUUUUGAAUUUGGCUUUUGCAUUGAGUGUGAUGGGAUUUCUCAUCAUGCACAUAUCUUUGGUUGCAGCUAAUACCACUACUAUUGAGGCAUAUGAGAAGAAGACAAGCCCAAAGUGGCGCUUUGACCUUGGAAAGAAGAAGAAUUUUGAGCAGGUAUUUGGAACGGACAAGAAGUAUUGGUUCGUCCCUGCAUAUGCAGAAGAAGAUAUUCGAAGGAUGCCAGAACUUCAGGGUCUCGAUUAUCCAUCAAAGCCAGACCUUGACGCACAAGAGUUUUAACACGUGUAGGUUCAGGGCUACAUCUAUGACAUUCAGAAGUGGUUCCUUACAUAUGUAGAACAGAGGUCUCAUAGAUGCUUUUCUCCCCUUCGUCCUUGAUCGAUGGAGCAAGUGGCGAUUUGUUGGGUUCUGGUCGGUUUGCUUAAAAGUGUAGAUUAAAAUUUAUGAAGGGAAGAGGGUACUAUAAAUAUACAAAACAAGAGAGAAGGUUGAUGUUUGCAGGGAGCAGGGAGAUGUAGGUUAUAGAGCUUUGAGGGCUGUUGCUUACUUACCAUGUAUUUUUAUGUUCUAACAGUCUAACUUAUAAUGGGACUGAGAGUGAGGGGGGUUUGUAACACAGGAAUUGCUGAUGUUUAUACUAUAUGCAGUGCAACAUUCAUUUAUUUCUGUA